GAAUAACGUACCCUAACCUCAAAUUUUUAACAAAGAGUGAAAUGCAACAUAACCUCCCUCAACCAGUGGAGGCAAAAACCGUUAAAAAGAAACGAGGAACAAAUCUGCUAUUGAAGAUUUGUGCUGAAAAUUUCGAAUAGUGAGCUCCUUUUGGCGGACACGUUCGAAUCAUCUUCGCAGUAAGAAUAAUAAUCUUCCGCUCGUCUUUCGCGAUGAGCGUGUUCGUACAGAGGUUAGUUCGCCUACGGGCCGCGUACCCGGUGUUGUUGAGACUAGGCUGUGACAACAACAAUCACUCGCGCCUGGUACUCAGCGUGAUACCAAAACGUGGACGCAGCACCCCGAGCGCAGCAUGGAUCGAUUCGCAAAAGGCUCAAGGCUUCACGACACCUGCUGCUGUCACCGCUAAUAAGAACGACGACGACGACGACGUUGGCCCAGAGAAGAUACCGGAGAACACGUAUGCCCACACUCUCUUCCUGAACUCGUUAAAGUACGCGAAUACCGUGAUGCAGCCGAAGACGACGUACUCUCACGUUACGAACAGUGAAGCAUUGGAGAUCUUGGAGAAGGAUUGGAGUUCGAUGACGAACGUCGAGACAGUGUCUGCCGUCAAGAAAUUGUCCUACAACAUUUGUCGUAACAACGAGAAGAUUGAACCACUCCAGUACACGAAAGCCUUUGAUACUCUAAAGGUGCAAAAUCUGACCAAUGAUGAUCUGAUAACGAUUAUGCAGCACUUGGUACCAUUCAGUAGUCAUAUGAAAAAUUGCAACUUUUAUAACAAUCUCUGCGGACGGAUAGACAGGGAAUGCAUGAUGCGUUUUUCGCGAUUGCCUACAGAAAAGAUGUUGUAUCUCUGUGACAUAAUGUAUCAAAUAACGUCCAAGCAUAUACAUGGUGUUCCUUCUCAAUUUUAUUCACAAUACGUAUGGUAUUCUAUUAGGUAUCUAGGCAACAGACCUAAAAAACUUAAACCUGAGCACUUGGUCCAGAUUUUAUUCUUUUUAAACAUAUAUCGAAAGCCACCUAUAAACAUGUAUGAGCUUGAGUUUCAUUUGGAACAAUGUAUGGAUGAAUUGUCAAUCAAUGAGCUGGCUAUAGUUGCAUUAGGUUUCUUCAAGACCAGCACGAAAAUCAGAAACAAAGAUUUUCUGUCUCGUAUCAUCCAAAGAACUAUAGCAGAGAUAGAUAUGGUUGAUACUGUCAGUAUUGCAGGCCUCAUAAAAUUAAUACGAUACAGCAUGCAGCUUACAGAAGUCAAACCACUUAUAGAUUUAUUGAAAGUUCUGACGCCGUAUGAGCCGCGUUAUACGUUGAUGUCUCUGGCGCAUAUCGCGCAAGCAUGUGGGAGAGUCGCCGUGUACAACAAAACAUUUAUAGAUAGAAUAAUUAUGAGAUUAAAUAAGGAAGUGCAGACCGCGAGAUUGAAGGAUCUUGAAAGAUUUCUCUAUACCUUUAGUAUUCUUAAUAUUGAUUCGAGCAAUAGCGUUUAUGAGAACGUAAUCAAGGAAUUAAGAGCCACUUGGGAUACUACUCGAGCAGCCGAAAUAGCAAAAUUUCCACAUGUUGCCGCACGUAUUUUAGGAUACAUGGCAACACAAAAUGUAUAUCCCACGGAUCUGAUCAAACACGUUAUGGCGCCUGAACACAUAAACAAGGCCUGCCAUGGCAAUUAUCAUUUUCUUUCUCGUGAAUACUGUGUACUGGAUUAUAGCCUUCAAAUAGAAGUACCCGAAUACGAUGGUCCGUUCCUUAAAUCCACCGUUAGAAGUUUUCUAGAGAAGAAAUAUUAUGACCUAUUUCUGACUACUGGUUCACAUGAAUCAACUCGGGCGAAUUUGCUUUUCACAGACGUGCUGGCAACGUGUCAGAAAUUGUUUAAUACUACGUCGAAUAUAUCGACCACUCGUGCAUUACCGCACUUUACGCCGCAAGACAUUAUUUUCUGUCUGAACGAGCAAAAUCAGCUUGUGCCAUCAGAGACAUUUUUAUCGCAGUUUAAAACAAAUGAAAUUAAACGCGUAAACGAGAAUUCGAAAAAUGUCAGGUGGAUCGCUCUUGUCAUGGGUCAUCACGGAUUAUUAGUGAGGAAUUGUGGUACACUUACUGGAGCCUUAGCUGCAAAACUAAGGCAAUUGUCCAUAAUUGGCUACACACCAAUCAUGAUAUCACAUGUCUCUUGGGACGCAUAUAAAUCAUCACAGGAGAAAUGUGAUUACCUCGAAAAGCUAGUGUUUCGAGAUAAUGCGUCAAAAAUAUUCAAUACUGUAUAAUAGCGCGCAAAAUACGUCGCAAAAUAGGACCUCUUGUAUAUCUUUUAUUGGGAAAAAUAUUUCUUGUGUAAUAUAAAAUAUUUCUUAUAUUACAUUGUAUAUACAUCAUUUUCUUAUAUUUACAGACUUAGGCGACAUUAAAUUUGCGUAAUAUAUGAUUUUACACAUUGUUUAGAAGUAGUACUUUUGCGCGUAAUUUAAGAUAUCUUGGGAGAUAUCUAUCAGGUCACGAGGAAACGGAAAUGUUAAAAUCGAUUUUAGAAAUAGUUGUGCAUAAGUUUCUUUGUAUAUUCGACAGUGACGAACAAUGUUGCGGUCGCUGGUACUGUUCUGAUUAAGGUCGGUAUCAGUCCAUUGUACAACGCACCAAUACCUUCUUUUCGUGCGAUAUCUUUGAAAACUAUCAAAGUGGGUGUUUUCAAAUUCUGCACCUGAACCAGAUAGUUUUGUUAUAAGAAAAAUGUUGAAAAACAGACACACGAUUGUUCAGUUUUAUGACACAUGCAAACUCAUCUUUUCAAUUAAAAAUAUACCUGUAUUCUACUUUUA